AUGGCUGACUUCCUUCCUCUCGCGAUCCUCGUGUUCGUGUCCCUCAUGGCCACCGGCGCCACGGCAAACUAUGGCUACACCACACCAUCACCAUCGCCGCCACCACCGCCGCGGCAGCAGUACACCCCGCCGGCCCACAGCGACAAGCUGCUGGUGAAGGUGGAGGGUAUGGUGUACUGCCAGAGCUGCGCGCAAAGGAACACACACAGCCUCGAAGGCGCGAAAUCGCUGCCUAAGGCGGAGGUGUCCGUCAUCUGCCACGACGCCAAGAAUCGCGCCAUCGUGAGGUGUCGUCGGGCCGUCGCCGACGAUAACGGCUACUUCCGUGCGGAGCUCGAUGAAACCAAUGUCUCCGACUUCUACAUGGGUGAUCCACGCAAGGCGUGCUAUUUUGCUGCAAAUCAAAUUUGA